ACGCCGCCAAGAUCGUUUUGUUGGGGAAAUGAGUGAAGUUUAUCGAAGUCAGAAUAAGCGAUCAAAACAUAACGUAUUCGAUCAGGUUCCCGAAAUGGGAACCGUUUGAUCUUUGGACGUGAUUGGUGUGACCAAUGGGUCCAGAUGGCAGCCUGACUACGAUAUGUAUGUUAACGGAUCAAAGAAAAGCCUGAUCAAGUGGUGAUCGGUCGCCAUUUUGUUAGUGAAAUUUAAACAAGAUACCCUGUCAAUUGGGACAGUUUUCGAGUUAAUGAGAUAUUAUUGUUGAUCGUUGUGUAGUGCACAAGGAGGAGGGGUAAUCGCUUGUCAAGCAAGUGACCUCGAUCGCCAGGAGAUGUCUGCUAGUUCGAAUACGACGCUCGCCAGCCUCUGGGUUGAUGACGGUCAAGCCAGUCCAGUGAAACUAACUGCAGUCACUCCAACCAAGUCAGGAAGUCUGGAGCUCAAGGAUGAUCUUACAAAGUUCUACAAGGAUACAGGCUUGGAGAGCUAUGCUAAAGAGACUGGUAUCAUUGAUUCACAUGGUGAAUUGCGGGGAUUCAAAGACCAUAAAACUCCCAUACUUGUUGCGGUGCCCAUCGCCUCACCAGCCAAGAUGUCACCUUACAAAGUAGAGCCACAACUGCUUCCUAAAGCCAUCAAUGCACAAGGGUCUCCACAUAUGAUUGCGUCCAGUCCUCGACAUAUGAUGCCGGUUGAUCCAACCUCACCCUGGUCGGCCAAGAAGCGAGGAGCAGGGGAGAUAACUAUUGAAGCUGAUUAUGGGGAUAAUAAGCGGGGAAAGAAAGGAGAGAAGGGUGGGAAAGGUUUGAGGCAUUUCUCUAUGAAAGUCUGUGAGAAAGUACAGAAGAAAGGUGUGACUUCCUACAAUGAAGUUGCCGAUGAGCUGGUGGCAGAAUUCACAGACCCACGCAACAUGUCAUACCCCCCUUCUGACCAAGUCAAUGCAUAUGAUCAGAAGAAUAUCCGGCGGCGAGUCUACGCUCUCAAUGUCUUAAUGGCUAUGAAUAUUAUUUCUAAAGAGAAGAAAGAAAUCCGGUGGAUAGGCUUGCCUACCAACUCAGCUCAGGAAUGCCAGAAUUUAGAGAUGGAAAAACAACGAAGGUUAGAAAGGAUAAAACAUAAAACACAACAGUUGCAAGAACUUAUUUUACAACAAAUAGCAUUUAAAAAUUUGGUGCAAAGAAAUCGGGAGUUAGAAAAGACGCAAGGACCCCCAGGGUCUAAUUCUGCAAUCCAGCUGCCGUUUAUCAUCGUGAAUACAAGUAAAAAGACAGUCAUUGAUUGCAGCAUAUCAAAUGACAAAUAUGAAUACCUGUUUAAAUUUGAUAACACAUUUGAAAUUCAUGAUGACAUCGAGGUUCUAAAAAGAAUGGGAAUGGCAUUUAACCUGGAGAAAGGCCAGUGUACAUCACAAGACAUUGUGAAAGCUGCCCGCAUGGUUCCCAAAGCUCUGGAGCCCUAUGUUAUAGAAAUGGGUCAGAAUGCUCGUGCCCUGCCUUCCAGUUCUGCUGCAAUCCGCCCAAUAGACCCCAUGGCAGUCAGCCAACAACAGGCCAGGUAUCGUCAGGCAACUGCAGCUCAGUCCUACCUCAGCGCAGGCGACACCGAAGCAGAAGUAGCCGCCAUGACGGCCGCCGCUCUAUCUCGACAGUCCAGUCUCGGUUCAUCCGAUGUGCAUUCUCGAACUGCCACCGAAACACCGUCGGAAAACUUCUCCGACGAAGAAAGUGACAGUGAUCAGUCCAGCCCAGUUGAUAUGGGCUAAGGCAAACCAAGUGAAUUGUGUGGAAGAGAUUGAGCAAUAAAUGUGCAGCUGGCAGUUCAAUAGUUGCCAUGGUGACAGAGACACAAUGUGUGCUAGGAUUGCGUCUCCCUGACCCUAGACGAAAAGGGGUUCUUCAGCAGCAAAUGGCGAAUCUAAAAACAAUUUAUGCUAUGGUAGCUAAUGAAACGUCACUCGAAACAGUAUGACCAGACACAGUGAAGAAGGGACAAGUCUUCUUCAUGUGAAUACUGUCUUGUUUUUGUAACAUUCUCAGGUCGUGCUUCUGGAACUUGCUUAAUGAAGAGGUCAAGAUUAUUUAGUCAGUCAGUUUCAAAUUAUGACACCCAUACAUGUUUGGUUAAUUUAUUUUGAUUUUGCUGAAAAUUAAAAUUUUUAAGUCAUUUUGGUUUGUGGCCAAGUAUAUAAAUAUUUGAUUUGAAAUUAAUAUAACUUAUCUUAAGUAUUUUAGUUAUGGAGGCAUUUUUUUUACCAGAUUUGCUGAUUUUGUAGCUUCCAUCCCUCAGUGUUCAGUGGACUAUCUUUCAUUAUGUCAGUGGAAGAGUCAAUUGUAGUCAUUCGGGGGUGAUAGAUUUGCAGCUUUGUUUGACAUAGGACAGUGUGCAGUAGUUUCACUGUGGAGUGUUUUUAUCUACAAUGUGAUAAUGACGGCCCACACUCUGUAGUGUUUUAGAAACACUUGGUUAGUGUCAUAACUAUCUGAUUUUUUUCCAGUAGAUUUCUUUGUCUAAAUGUUAUUUAUGGUAGUAUAAGUUGUUAAAUUAAUGAAGUUUGUCUGCAGAAACUAAUAUUCUGUUGCUGUUUAUUUUCCAGCUCCCAUGGAAACUGGUUAACAUUAUUUGUUUCCGCCAAAUGAUCGUGUUGUUAAUCAUGAGUACAUUUUUUUCUUUGUCAUGAAAAAUGUCCAUGUUCCAUGUUUAAUAUGCAUAACAGGACUAAACAAUUGUUUGAAAUUUAACAUAUUCAUAUUUUAACAAUGACUCAACUGAUAUUGGUUGAUAAUUGCCUACAGUGUUUGUAAUUUUCUUGUAGUUUUUACAGAUAAUAGUUUGGAACAUGAUUAUUGAUAAUCAUAAGGUACAGCUGUAGAUAUUCUCCCCCAAAUAGUUCCCACUCAAAAGGACACGCCCUGAAAAUUUUAAUUUAAUAAACCAUGAGAGGACAUAUAAGGCAGCAUGACUCUGGUAGCACACAGAUGCCAAACCUUUGGAAAAAUACAUUGAAAAACAAAUAAUGAGUUUAUUAUUCCGUAAAACAGUAAUAUGAUGUGAAUUAAGAUAAACCAACAUUACAUUGAUGUACAUUUUGGUAUAUUUCACUCAAUAAAAGUCUCCUAUGUUAUUUGCAAGAAGAUUUCAGGAUUUACCAUGGUUACUACAAAUAUUUCUGAGUAAUGGGAUAGCCUAGUGGUUAAAGCGUUCCCUCAUCAUGCUGAAUGCCCGGGUUCCAUCCCCAUAUGGGUACAAUGGGUGAAGCCCAUUUAUGGUGUCCCCUGCUGUGAUAUUGCUAAAAGGGAAGUAAACCCCAACUCACUCACUGCAAACACCUCUUAUUUCUUGUGCCCAACAGCUUGGUUCCAAACAUUAUUUCCUUUAAGGUGCUAUGGUUAAAGCUUAGUGGUUUUAGAUACAUGGAAAACAUUGACCUAUCUAUUCACUUGUACAGGGUCUAACUGUGUUAAGUGGCUCAAUGCUGGCGUAACCCGAUGAUACAGGAUAACCAUGUUCAGUUCCUUUUGUAUAACAGUAUUCCUUCUCAGAGAUGUGAAGUCUAGUCACAGUCUAGUAGACUAUCCGAAUCUUCUUGUCAAUCUUGACAAUCUUAAAUUUAUUGCUUUUUUAUAGGAAACAUGUUUAUCACUCAGUUAAACUCAUACACAUUGAGUAAUAAUGAAAAGGGCAUAUGAGAGUAUGCACAUAGUUGAUCUAACCUAUACAUCUCUGUCACCACAGGCCAUGCUCCUAGACAGGUAAACAAAGUGGAUACCUUAUAGAUUUUAACGUCAAGAAUGGGUCCCUGCCAUGUUGAUAUCAAUGUCACCUAAUUAAAUUAGGGCAGGAUUGUCAUUUUACUUGGUUCAUUGCAGUCUGAUGCUGGUUUGAGACUCAACAAGUUUUAAAGGGCGGUGCGAUAGCAUAGUGGUUAAAGUAUUCGCUCAUCACACCAAACACCGAGAUCUAUUCCCCACAUGCUGAAUCUAGAUCUGUACUCAGAUUCUUCCAGAGUCAUGCUGAACAACUGCUAAGAUUCAAUCAGCUUGAUCGAAGUAUGUGAAAUUUCAAACAAAUGUUUCUUUUUUGUACUAUCUCAAAUGACUGACAUGUUUCUCACUAAUUAGUUAUGCAGUUUUGAUUGUUAUUAAUGAUGUUCCAUUAUAUGAUGAUAAUGAUUAUGUGUAUUUUACUCAACAUGUGAAAUGGAUGGGCUUUAUCAUUAAGCUGCCCCCCAAACAGGAAAGAACUUUGGACAGGGCUAUGUAUUUGUUUAAGCUGGUCACUAAAUCAACGACAAAAAGAAGCGAUUUAGAAAACAUUCAUCACUUGUACUGUUUUCCUUCCGCUCAAAACUGGAAAGCUCACAUGGGGGACUUCUUGAAACAUUCAUAGAAGAAACCGGUUCUUUCUACUGUCGAUAACUGUAUGACUGUUUAUUCCAGUAGAAAUAUUCAAAUAUUUCACAGGAUUUGAUCAGGUAUAUUUGGAGUUUCGAAGCCUGUGACAUUUGUAUUUUGUGUAAUAGAGAUUUUUUAGAAUUUUUUUUUACCUUUCAUUUAAACAUUGUGUUAAGAUAAACUGAAAACAAAUUAACCCUUAUCAAUGCGAAAUAUUUUCUAGUUUUGAGAGGUUGAUAAAAAUCCUCAGUAAAAUUGUGUUAAUGUUAAAUAUAUUUAACAGUGAAUAUCUGUUGCUGUCUUGCAGGAAUCAAGACUGAAUAAGAAGAAAAUUGUAAUUCAUUUAAGUUCAUAUUUCUACUUAAAUCAGUGUUUCAUGUCCAGCUCAAUAGGUGAUACUGCCAUCAAAAGGCCUACAUGUGUUCAAAGAAGUAGAAUAUGCCAUCUUCCAUUUAACUGAUUAAACCAUUCUAACAUCAUGAGACAUCAAAUUUAAUCUGAUUUUAUUAAUAUUAUCUAAAUGCAGAUAACUUCUUCAGUCAUAAUGCUUUUCAAAAUUAUGUAAGUUUAUUCAAUCAGUCGUUUUGUGGUUCAUUUAUCAAAAUCAUGAAGGAAAAAUCAAAAGUUCCAAUGAGCCAACCACCAGUAACUUGACUAAUUAUAAGUACCCUGGGGUUUAACAUUAGUUGUCAAAUAUGCAAUUGGUCCAUGUGAAAUGUUUAGUUGAUAAUAGGCUGAAAUGCAGGUCACCUUUUAAAAUAUGCUGGUCGAUUUGGUUUAGUCCAGAAAAUCUGUGAGCAAUACAAGGCAUCUGCUUGUAAUGGAACAUGAAGCGCCACAUUUAAUGUUUUGAUGUAGCCAAAUGUUUUGAUUAAUGUUAAAUUUCUUUCAAUGAGACUCAUGUUUAAAAGGUGAUAUGUUCUUUCAGCCUGUGAGGAAGUGUGUGUUUAAUGGGGAGUAUAUUAAUGAACUAGCUCUGAGAACUGGUGCCUUGAUAAUAUAUACAUUUAUAUAUAUCUGGCGUUGGUAACUAUAGCAAGCUGUCAUAAUUACCAUCAAUCAAUCAUUUUGUAUAUAAACAUUCAUCACAAGGCAUAACUACAACCAUUUACCAUCAUCAUCCUUAGCCCCUAAACAAAUUUGAUGUAUAGUAUAUUUAAUGACUAUUUUUCACUAUUUCAACUAUACAACUUGUGUGAUAGAGAGGUGAACUGCGACCGUUGCCAUUCCUACAGUUGUGAAUACUUGAUAUUAAAUUGUUUUGCAAUUGCCAUUUUUUGUCAUCCGGUUAACUACAAGUGCUUUGUCUAGUUAAUGCUGGAGAGGAAAGCAAAGGUGAAGUAGUGCUUACUGGUUUGUGGCAUUGACAGAAAGUCAUUAGUCAUAGUGUGUCAAUGCACAGUUAAUCAUGGCUUUCAGUUCAAGCCAAGAGAAGAAGUAGAAAAAGGAGUGGCUCUAAUUAAGUUGAACUUAUUAAGUAUUACUAGUCUAAACUUAGUGGACAAUGUGGGUUAUCUCAUGCUGUCAACCUGUAGUGGAUGUCUUUCUUUCUUUUAACUCUUAUAUAACUGAUGGAUCUUGUUGGGACUUCGAAGCAGUGGUCACUGUUAUUGUAAUGAAUCAAAUCACAGAGACAUUGAAUGUCAAGCUGGAAGGUGUUGUGCAAGGCUCAGUUUCCCAAAGAGAUUUUUUCUGAGGAGCUGGGCUGAUGCACUUGUAUGCCUGAUGCCAGUUCCCAAAUAUGAUCUCAGUGCCAAGACUAGUAAGAUGUUUUUAAACCAUGGAAGUAUGACCUAGUAGAGAGGUCACCAUGUGGAAGAGUCCACAUGGAAUGGCUGUUAAUUUAAAACGAGAUAAAUGCCAUUGAUCUUCUGGCACCUUAAUAUGAUGUUAGGUUUCUCCACGGUGGAUGUAUCCAUAUGUUCCUUCUGUAUGCUGAAAUUCUUUCAAUAUGACUGAAAUAUUGUUGAAAUCAGUGAAGAACCUUCAGUCACAUGAAGGUUUGAACACAACGUUGAGUUCUAAUUACCCACCAGGGACAAUGAAAGCAGUUUUCUUAUGAAAGGGUCUGGUUCUGUCCAGCCAACAGAAAACCUAUGAGAAUUAUUAGGGUAUUUUUGCACCUUUUAAUGGGUACUUCAAUGUUGAAAUGAAGCGUUUUGAAAGUAUUUUCAUCGUAAAAUAUAGAGACAGGUUGAUGGUGUAUCCCGAGCAUCGUUCUGUAAUUUACUGAAUAAUUUUCUAUGUAACGUUACCAGAAAUAACAUUCAUAAUUUAGCUGCAGUUGUAAUGGCUGCCUCUUGUGAUUCAAAAGAAGAUAUAUUUUCACUUUCUUUUUCUUUUUCUAUUUUACAAUUGUCAGACAUUAGUCAAGUUGUCACUAUCUUUGAUCUUGAAUAAUUUUAAAAGUGUCAUUGUAAAUAGUCCUGAAGCAUCAUAUUGUUUGAUUAUUCUAAUAUGGCAAAUGGUUUGCAGUCAAGAGAAAGCGAUGUCAAUUGGAAGCUAGUUUUAUGUGUCCACCUCAUUGAAAACAUCACUCACUGUCAUCCAGCCCUAUCACAGACUGUGUUCUAUGCUACACGUCAUAAACAGCUGUGCAGAUGA